AUGCUGUGUCUGAAGGAGGCUGCCGUGUCCUUCAAUGUGCCAUUGCCGGCGGAAGUGCGCAAUAGCGCGGGUGGGAGGAAGUGGGAUGAGGUUACUGGUGUGGAGAAGCGCGUGCUGGAGGAUCAGGUUCGGGGGGUCUGGAAUGAUAAGCUGAUUAUGAGCUACUGCCCCGCUGAUGGACGUGUCUUGGGCAAUGGUAUCAAGCCGGCGACGGUGGAGGAUGUCAACGUUGCCGUGCAGGCUGCAAAAGCUGCGCAGCGGGAAUGGGCAAAGACGAGUUUUGCUGAGCGCAGAAAGGUUCUGCGCACUCUGUUAAAAUACGUCCUUGAUCACCAAGAGGACAUCGUGACUGCAUGCUGCCUCGACUCCGGAAAGACCAAAGUGGACGGGUCCUUCGGCGAGAUCCUCGUCAGCGUUGAAAAGCUCAAGUGGACUAUUGAUCAUGGCGAGAAGGCGCUGCUACCCUCGCGCCGGCCAACGAAUUUCCUGAUGAUGUACAAGAAGAACAUGGUCACCUACGAACCGCUCGGCGUCGUGUCUGCAGCCGUAUCAUGGAACUAUCCCUUCCACAACUUCAUCGGACCGGUCAUUAGCGCGCUCUUCUCUGGCAACGGCAUCGUCAUCAAGCCCUCCGAGCAAACAGCCUGGUCCACGACAUUCUUCCUGGACAUCGUGCGCGGCGCACUAUCCAGUUGCGGCCACUCACGCGACCUCGUCCAAACCGCCAUCUGCCUCCCCGCCGUCGCGGACAAGCUAACCUCGCACCCGGACAUCGCCCACAUCACCUUCAUCGGCUCUCGCCCCGUGGCACACAAAGUCUGCGCCUCCGCCGCCAAAACCCUCACCCCAGUCUGCGUCGAACUCGGCGGCAAGGACCCCGCCGUAAUCCUCGACGACGCCCGCACAAUCCGCAACCUCCCGGCCAUCGCCUCAAUCCUCAUGCGCGGCGUCUUCCAAUCCGCCGGCCAGAACUGCAUCGGCGUCGAGCGCGUCAUUGCUCUUCCAGGUACCUACAAUAAACUCAUCGAGCUCGUCACCCCACGCAUCCGCGCCCUUCGCCUCGGCUCUAUCCUCCUCGACACCCCCACCGAUAAAAUCACAACCCCAGACAUGGGCGCCAUGAUCUCCCCAGCCUCCUUCGACAAACUCGAAGGCCUCAUCGCCGAAGCCGUCGGCCAAGGCGCCCGCCUCCUAGCCGGUGGCAAGCGCUACACACACCCCCGCCACCCACAUGGCCACUACUUCGCGCCAACGCUCCUCGUCGACGUAACCCGGGACAUGCGCAUCGCGCAAGAAGAACUCUUCGCCCCAGUAUUCCUCCUCAUGCCCGCCUCAUCCCCCACCGACGCAGUCGCCGUCGCAAACUCAACCCUCUACGCCCUCGGCUCCAGUGUCUUCGGCCACAACGCUGCCGACGUGCAAACCUGCGUCCGCGGCAUCCACGCUGGCAUGGUCGCCGUCAACGACUUUGCCGCGUACUACGCCGUGCAGUUGCCCUUCGGCGGUGUGAAGGGGUCCGGAUAUGGCCGUUUCGCGGGUGAGGAGGGUCUGCGUGGGUUGUGUAAUCUCAAGGCUGUUUGUGUGGAUAAGUUUCCGAAGGUUCUGGGGACGGCGAUUCCGCCGAGAGUGGAUUAUCCGAUUCAGAAGCGGGAGGGGCUUGAUGGGGCUAGGGAUGGGGUUUCUGCGUGGGAGAUGUGUAAGGGGGUUGUUGAGACGGGGUAUCAGAUCACGCUUGGUGGGCGUGUUGCGGGUAUUUGGCGGUUGUUGGGGAAUAUGUGA